UUUUUAUAAAAUGAUAAUGAUCGAUAAGUGAUAAUAAUUUGGGCGAUUGUAAACUCCGCCAGCGAAUACCGGUUAGAUAAAAAGUUAAUCAAAAGGUCUAAUGUAAACUCCGCCAGUUUUAUUUUCUUGCCUGGAAUGGGUGUAUGUAAACUCCGCCAAUUUUAUUUUCUUACCUGUUCACAUUGCCAUAUGCUUUCUCAUAUUAAAUACGUUGAGAUCAAUUGCGAUGUCAUGCGUUAAAAUUGAUAAAAUUGUCAAGGUUAGAUCGAUUAAUUUAUUAAUAUUUAAAAAUAAUUUUAUCUUCCUAAUAUCUGAAAACAGUAUUUCCAAUGAUGAUAUUAUCAGCAGUAGGUAACUUACGUAUAUAAACUUUGACGAAAUAAUCAUUCGUAGACCGUAGUGUGCUUCGUGUCUCCGUAGUGUCUUUAUUGAACGAAAUAUGUCCGAACAAAGUUUUGAUAUUAAAUUAAUUACUGGCCAACGAGGCGAUUUAUUGGUUUUAUUGAAAAACUUUAAAUAUAAAAAAAAUAUAAAAUAUGCGUCUGGUAAAACAAAAUGGAGGUGCAAUAACAAAAAUUGCAAUGCAUUCAUAAAAUCUUUCGGAGAGGAGCAAAAUAAUAUUACUUUGGCAAAUUCGUCAAGUGAAUUCACAUUACUUCAUGCCUUCAAAUUUCAAACAAAAUACUAGAAAGACAAGAAAUAAGUAGUUGUGUAAAAAGAAAAGCGGUGGAAGAUAUUCGUGAUAAACCAGCUAAUAUAUUAAAUAUGGGACUAGAAUGUUGUAGCAGUACUAUAAGAAACUCAGCAAACUUAACUUCGAAUGACAUGUCAUUGGUAAAAAGAAAUAUGUAUAAUGCACGUAGAAAAUUAAUGCCACCAGUUCCAACUUCACGCUCUGAAGUUAUCUCAUCACUUAUUCAGAUGGCACCAAAAACGAUUAGAGUUGAAAGUUUUUUAAUUUUAUCUGAUUUAGAUAUUGAGAUUAUUAUAUAUAGUUGUAUUACAAAUUUAAAAUAUUUAUGUAUCUCAGAAACACUGUAUGUGGAUGGCACGUUUCAUUAUUGUGUUAAAUUCUUUUAUCAGUUAUUUACUUUUCAUAGAUAUUUUAAUGGACAUUAUAUUCCAUUGGUUUUCUGUCUUUUAAAAGAUAAAAAACAAGAGACUUACAUCAAUUGUUUUAAAUCAAUCUGCGAAAAAUGUUUAGAGCUAAAUGUAGUUUUAAGUCCAACAGAAAUAGUUGUUGAUUAUGAAUUAGCAAUUCACAAUGCAUGCAAACAAAUAUGGCCUAAUGUUAGUUUAGUGGGAUGUCGAUUUCAUCUCAGUCAAUCAUGGUGGAGGGCAAUUCAAAACUUUGGACUGAGUGUUGAAUAUAAAAGUGAAUCUGAAAUAAGUAAGUGGCUUUGUCUAUGUUUCGGAUUAUUGUUUUUAUCUCCCGAAAAUGUUCCCGGUGUAUUUGUAUUUACUUUAGAAGCAAUCAUGCCAUCCGACCAAAGAGUAAUUAAGUUUUCGGAUUACCUUGUUGACAAUUAUAUAAGCGAUGACACAACUUUUCUUCCUCAUUUGUGGGCUAAUCAAAGUGCAAAUUUAAAUCAAACUACAAAUGCUUGUGAAUCCUUUCACAGUCAUCUAAAAGAUUCAUUUUAUAAAAGUCACCCUAAUGAUCAUAUUUUUAGUAAAGUUCUUAUUGAAUUUUAAACCCAAACUCAUAUAAAAUUAAAUGGCUUAUCUCAAGACUCAAAUAAAUAGGUAAACUAAAAAAUUCCAAAUCAAAAAAAAAAAAAAUGACGGUGUUACAGAAUGCUAUAAAUAGGUACACUGAUAGAUUAAUACUAGACUUAGAUUAUUUACAAAUUGUUUCACAGCAUUUUAGUUCACAUAAUAUAUAACAUUAUAACAUGAUUAUACAUAUUUUUGGAUUAUUAUAACGAUUAUAUUUUAUGA